AUGGCUCCGCACGGCGGACACCAGGCGCCUCUGCGCCUCUGUCUGCUGCUGGCGCUGCUGCUUGCAGUGGAGUCCUCGGACUCCCUCCUGGCCAGCAGCAGCAAAGUGGAUAGUGGCGACAGCGAGGAAACAUACGCCCUCUUAGGAGCAAGUUGGAAGAAGCAGCGCGUGUGCCGCGACUGGGGAGUGGGCCUGUGGGUCGAGCAGAACAGCGGCAACAAGGAGAAGACCAACACCGCCGAGUUCAACUACGAGGAUGGCAAGGGCUUCACGCUGUUCUACCAGGGAGUGCAACUGGCUGAGCUGGCAGCCACCCCCGACUCUGGGGAGUACAAGUGGCCCAUCCUGGGGGAGCGCAACCGCACCGCCUGCGCCUGCUGCGACCUGUGCCGCGCGCAGCCCAACGAGCAGGCGAGCGGGGCCGGGGCGUCUUGCAUGACGAGCAACAAGUGCAAGGCUUGGAGCUUCCGAAGCAAGGAUGGCGCCUGCCGCCUGUUCACCAACAGCCCCUUCAACAGCAAAAACGCUGUAGCCAUUCAGAAGAACAGUGAUGAGGAUAAAGUGUGGCAGUCGGGCACGGUGGAUAAGCUCAAGGGCGGCUCCGAUAAUGGGGACUCGGAGGAUGACGAUGAUGGGGCCGAGGUCCAGUACAAGAGCACGCUGGACUGCAUGACCUACAGGCCGCCCUCCCCCACCCCGCCCGCUCCCUCGCCUCCCGGCUGGGGCUGCACCUACACCCAGGGCUUUUGGAAGAACCACGAAAGCAGGUGGCCGGUGGCCUCCCUCACCCUGGGUGCCAAACCAUACACCAAGUCUGAGCUGCUGAGUAUACUGGGAAGAUCUGUGCAGGGCAACGGCCUGGUUGCGCUGGCACACCAGCUGAUUGCCGCCAAGCUCAACGUUGCCAACGGGUGCUCGGAGCCGCCUGACAUUGACAGCGCCGACCAGCUGAUCAUUGACGACGUUGGCUCCAACAAGCCCGCGCGGCGCUCCCCUCCCAUACGUGAACUGACCCCAUAG